CUGCUGGGCUGGAGGGAUGCUGGUCGCCUUCCUCCCUUUCCUGGGCUGGGCCAGGUACUCGUACCGCAGCGACUGGUGCUCAUGUGGCGUGGUGUGGCGCUCGAGUUUUUCCUACGCGGCGACGUGGCUGCUGCUGGUGGUGCUUCUGCCGCUCACCGUCACCACCUCCUGCUACGUCAGGCUGCUCAGGGUGGCACGUAAUAAGUGCCGUAAGGUCAAUGUUGGCACCAUGCUGGGUGAAGGCCAAACUGCCAACGCUCCCAAUGCUGUCGUCAGUUCCGACCUCAAGAAAACCUCCUCUUCGGUGUCGUUGGCCCUCGAGACAUUAAAGAAAUUAUCUCCAAAUGUCACGCAAACGAAACUGUCGGAGCGACGACAGCCUUCAGAUGAAGGCAUCCAUUCCGGCGACUCAUCACCUCUGUCAAUGACCAGGAAAUCUUCAGUGACUUCCCAGGACUGGCAGCUUAGAAGAAGCUAUUCUAACUUCUCCCAAUUAACGCCCUACUCCAGAACUUACGUUCAGAGCUCAAAAAACGAUAAAGCGAGUGGUUCUGCCGAGGGAAUUUUUCGGUCGUGUACGUCGCAGAUUCUGCCAUACUCAAGUCUGAUGAAGAACACUUCCUUGUCCCUGCAUUAUUCUCCUAAAGACCACCCGACGGAGGCGGCAGUGCACAGAGGUUCUUUCUACAGGCCAAAAUCCUUACACCUCGAACACAAAUCAGACGACGACAUGAACGAUUCAUUGAGUUCUUCUAAGAAACAUUGCUCCACGGGGGAACUCAAGCAGAUCGACUCAAAUUUCUUACACCCACACAUGAACAACAGUGGUCCCAUCCGUGCCUGCGAUGGCGGAUCAAACAACGCUGCUGCUUUUCACUCGAAAAUUAAUUCUCAAUCUAGUAAUGAUAUCGUUUUCUGUUCUUCACAACUGCCAGUGUGCAAAUCACUUUCUUCUGGCUCUGCGACUUCGUCGGGUCUUGAAUCGUCCAAGCCCGAGCAUAAAUCUCAGCUGAGGAAGCCUGCGGCUGACGCCGCUUUCAUGAAGUCGUUAAUUGAGAACAACGUUCCUGCGGGCGUCCCCUGCACACAGUUAACCACCUGCAUGUACCCUGGAGACCUGCCCCCCAGACGUCUCCCCAAGUCGGGGUCAGACUGCACCCUAGUCAUCCCUGCCAGUCACAGGAAGUACUACAAAAUGACCGGGCCGUCCGUGCGCAGAAGCUGUAGUGACGCGCAGGCCGUGAAGAAGGUAUGA